UCCUCCUCCUCCGAGACUGUCAGUCAAGCAGCAGAAGCUGCAACCGGCCGGAAGCGCUGGGAAAGAUGUGGCCAGCAGCAGCAGCAGCAGCCAGAGACGCGGUAGGGGCUGGAGGAUAGGGGAAGCGCUGUCAGUAGGACAUAGAGGAGUGAGUGGUGCAGAUGCCGUUGGAGCAGCUGCUGCAGUGUCUGUCCAUCCUUCGCUGCCACCCAGCAGAGCUGAGAUAGAUGGAUAGGAUACGAUCCAGUCCAGGAAACAGGAGGGAGGCGCAUUAAAUCAGACCCCUGUGCCUGGCAGGAGACAGAGGAAAGACCAGAAGGGGCCAGAUCUGAAUUGGAUGUGGGAGAAAAGAGAUAGAGGGAAACGCCUACAGAGCCAGAAGAUCUCUCUCUCUGUCUCGCACACUCUCUCACACACACAGACACACACACACUUCUCCUCUGAGCAGUCUUUCCUUUCCGGGGCUGGCUAUAGAAAGCCCUGCCUGAAGAUUGCACUCUGGGCUGUGCUUCUCUUUUCAACUUCUCCUAUAUGCCUGUGAAGAAAACUUUCCUGGAUCUUGCCAUUUUUUUGGAUGUGCCUAUAGUGUUGAUAGAUCAAAAAAUCCAAUUUCCCCUUCUAAAGGACAAGUGGGAGGAAUUUCUGCAAGGGGACCGCUAUGGCUGCUGUCAGCACCGCAAUCUCCACCAUGGCCAGUAAGACCAAGACUAAGAAAAAACAUUUUGUGGCCCAGAAAGUCAAAUUGUUCCGAGCCAGCGAUCCUUUGCUGAGCGUCCUGAUGUGGGGAGUGAACCACUCGAUCAAUGAACUCAGCCAUGUCCAGAUACCCAUCAUGUUGAUGCCAGAUGACUUCAAAGCUUAUUCUAAAAUAAAGGUGGAUAAUCACCUUUUUAACAAAGAGAACAUGCCAAGCCAUUUCAAGUUUAAAGAAUAUUGCCCGAUGGUUUUCCGAAAUCUGAGGGAGAGGUUUGGGAUUGAUGACCAAGACUUUCUGAACUCCCUUACUAGAUAUUCCCCCCUAGCCAAUGAUUCCCAGGCCCGCAGUGGCGCCAGAUUCCAUACGUCCUGUGACAAGAGGUAUAUCAUCAAAACCAUUACCAGCGAAGAUGUAGCAGAGAUGCACAAUAUACUAAAGAAGUACCAUCAGUUUAUUGUGGAAUGCCAUGGCAACACGCUUCUCCCACAAUUCCUGGGCAUGUACCGGCUAAACGUUGAUGGAGUCGAAACAUACAUGAUUGUUACAAGGAACGUUUUCAGCCAUCGACUCUCUGUCUAUAGGAAAUAUGAUUUAAAGGGCUCGACUGUAGCAAGAGAAGCUAGCGACAAAGAAAAGGCCAAAGAGCUCCCAACGUACAAGGACAACGACUUCAUUAAUGACGGGCAGAAGAUCUAUAUCGACGAAAAUAAUAAAAAGUUGUUCCUCGAAAAACUUAAGAAAGAUGUGGAGUUCCUAGCACAAUUAAAGCUUAUGGACUACAGCUUGCUGGUGGGGAUCCAUGACGUGGAGAGAGCGGAGCAGGAGGAAGUGGAGAGUGAGGACAACGAUGGGGAAGAGGAAGGGGAGAGUGAAGGGACACACCCAGUUGGCACCCCACCAGACAGCCCAGGCAAUACACUGAAUAGCACAAAGCCCCUGCCACCUGGGGAAUUCGAUCCAGCCAUCGACGUGUAUGGAAUUAAAUGCCAUGACAAUGCCCCAAGGAAAGAAGUUUAUUUCAUGGCUAUUAUUGACAUAUUAACACACUAUGAUGCAAAAAAGAAAGCAGCUCAUGCAGCGAAAACAGUUAAACAUGGUGCUGGUGCAGAAAUUUCCACCGUUAACCCGGAGCAGUAUUCUAAGCGUUUCUUGGACUUUAUUAAUAAUAUUCUGACGUAGCCUCACCUGCCGGCAAUGGAAGCUCAUAGAAGAGAGGACAGCUAUGGAUACAGCAUGGAUAGAGAGGCCAACAGAACUUGCUGUUACUUAAUGCUUCCCCUGCGGGGAUCACUCCUCCGCCCCUUGUAAUAUGACAUCUUCUGGCAAAGAUGGUACGCCUAGGGAUCACAGACUUCGCUGCCUGGCAUAGCCCUAGAUUUUUUUUUUUCCUUUCUAACUCUUUUGUGUCUCAAUAAAGAAGGAAAGCUUUGACAGCUAUGCGGAAAUAAUGCACAGAUACUAUUGCCAGCAAAAAAAAUGGAGAGCAGAGUGGUGGGGUCAGACGAAGCAGCCUGCAUGCUUUCUCUGCCCUUCUGGCUGGAAAAGGAUUGAAGCGACGUCAAGACGUAAACUGUAGAUCAGUUUAUUUUUAUUUUAUUAUUUGGUUUUUUUUUUUAACUUAGAGGGGCAAGGCAGUAUUCAUGAAAAUCACCUGAGAAGCGCUAUGUUUUUAUUUUUGCAAACCGUUGCUGUCAGCGGGACAUAGGCAGUAUGUAUCAUAUGACGCUGUUCAUUGCAGGACUCGGGAUGCUGACAAGGAUCAUGGACAAGAGUCACAGUCCCCCAGCGCUCAAUGCUCUUUGAGUGCCAAAGAAGUAACAUGUUGCCCCGGCUUUGGCACCCAAAAAGGCUCCAGUUUAUAUCUGCACCUUGGAAUCAAUGAUGCCAUAAUAUUUCUGCCUCUAUGUCAUGUUCUUGUCUGCCACAAAAAAAUCUGCACUUCACUAUGACUCGGAUAACUUUUUGUCUUAAACAGGUUGCCGUACAGUGUAGUUUAUCAACACAGGAAAGAGCUCUGCUCGCUGACUUACACAGUUGUGGGCAAUAUUUUAGUAAUGAUUGGUUUAAUUGCUUUGCAGCAUCCAAAGCCGGGUUUCCAGCCUGUUUCACUUUCCAGUGUCCAGUCCUUGGCCCUAAACGUGCUGUCAAACUGCAGCUCCCUUUAUCUGCCCUUGUGAGUCGCUGGGAUUUGUCCUUAGUCUGUAGUUAAUAGUGUUGCUCCAUCUUAUGGGCACUGUCACACAGGGCGCUUCAUUGUCUGGUGGGAAAUCUCCUCUCAUGCGGAUGAUAAAGUGCCUGACAUUACCUGCCUGUUCUCAUGACUUAUAAAUGAUUCAAGUAAAAUACGUUACAUAUGUCGAUCCUCAGUAAUCACUUAACAAGGCCGCCUUUUGCAUUUUUGGGUGAUUAACAAGAAUCACCACACGUAAUGUGUUUUACAUGUGGUGAUUUCAAGUAAUGUAAAUGGGUAGGUAUUAAUGGGCGCUUCAUGGACUUCAGGGCAGGGCCCAAAAGGUAAUGGAAAACAAAGCUUUGUUGACCAUGGAAAAUCACGUUCCCCCUUGGGCAACAAAAAUGGUGAGAAUACAUUGCUUUUGCCUUGAAGUUAAAUCGCUGUGAAUAUGUUCAUCAGCUGUUGUGGUUAUGCCAUUUUACUCGCACACCAGCAGUGAUUUAAAUUAAGGUCAGUGGCAAGGGAUUUUAUGGCUCUUUCUCGCCCCAAAGAGAGGAAUUUCCUGGGGGCAACCAAUCACCCUGUGUGCCAUCACCUUUAAUGUUGAUGGACUGCUUUGCCCAAGAUUCUCCACAGCGUGAAGAGAAACAUUCUUGACUUCUUCCAGCCCCCCAUUACUUGCCAGUGUCUGACUAUAACAUAGCCUUUUUGUCAUGACUCUUGCCACUGUACCAAUGGGCUUGGGAAUGGGGCAAAGACCUAGCAGACCAAUUGAAGCAGAUGUUUCUAGUCUAUCAAGGCUUUGCCCAUAUGGCAUGGUUGCAACAGCCAUGCAAGUAGUAAUCCCAAUCUGACACUGGUUUGUAACAGAGGGAUGGGGAAAGCAAGGAUAGAAUAGCAUCAGAACAUUUUUAAAGAGGGACUGACUCAUUUCUGUUAUUAGGUGGAAUGUAUUGGUGUGACCAUAAAGCAUUCUGGUGCUGUAGUUGAGCAAUAUCAAUGAAAAAAUAAAAAAUCGAUGGCUUAUUAAAGCAGCACUGUUUAAUAAAUCCUUUCCCCAGCUCUAGCAGUGCAAUUAAUAUACAAGGAUCUAAUGCACGAGUCUGUUCUUCACUCAUGUGAUCAAACACCUAAACAGCACUCUGCCUUCCCAUUGGAUGUUUGAUUAGAGUUCACUACUGGCAGCCAAAAAUGCACAGUAAUCUCUCUGUGAUAGAUACCAGCGGAAGGGCUGACAUAGCUGUGGUAGGCAGCAUUCUUCAUUGGGCACACCCUGUGCCAUUGGUAAGUACAUCUGGGCUGCCUGUUACGGGCCGUUAGGGAGCAGUAGAGAUUAAUGAAAAAGCUUAUCUGUCCUUUAACCCAUUUAUUGCCAGAUGCACUUGUAGUGAAAGGUUUUAUUGUAACUAUUCUUUCAAAACAAAAAAAAAUCUUUGGCAAUUUAUGUUUACAAUGGUAAGACAUUGAGGGUAUUUUUGUUAUUGUUCUCAGUUUGUGUAUCCCACUGUUAUUCUUAAGCACAAACAGGCCCCCUCUGUUGCUAUUAAAAUGCCUUUAUAUGUAAAAGGAAAGUUUGGGAAUGGGAUUGUUCUGCUAAAGAUCAACAUAAACUACAGUAUAUUGCUAGUUCAGCAGUGAUGGGCAACCUGGGGCCCUCCAGGAUGUUGGCAGGAUAUUGGGAGUUGCAAUUUGCCAAUAUCUAAAGUGCCGCACAUUGUACCUGCAACGCAAAAAGUAUCAAACCAUUUGCUUUUCUGUUACAUUCUCUAAUGCCCUGAAAAAUAACAAUGUAACCCGGCCAUCCCUCAGCUUAAAGGAAACUAUAGCUAAAGGGUGUUGCUCCUGUAUGAAAGAGUGAUUUUUGGGAGGAGUUCCUGGAAGUUGCUUUGUUCUCUUGUUAUUGUGAUUGAAGUAUUACAGCCACUUGCACUACCAUUUGGCACCUUUUGUAGGUGGCAGUGCUCUCCUUAGUUUGCCCUAAAACAGUGCCACCACUUAUUGAUACAAUGGGCACGGCAUGCAAUACUCAAUACUAUUUGCCAUUAGAUACAUGGAUUUUACUGGUGAACAGUUUACCAGAAUUUUUCAUCAUAUUUUUCUUACAAUACUUGAAUGACACCCAUGAUCACCCUACUAAUUUUUUUUGGCCAUGCUCUGUUAUGUCCAGGGUAUGGGCAAAAACAAAACUCCCAAGAAAUACAGAAGAGUUGACAGGUGUACACUUGUGCCGUAUUUUUAAGAAGCCAAAAGCAUGGCACCCAAGCACACACCGGCACAUUCAGCUAUUUUGGCUCCGCUGGGAGAUUGAAGGGGCAUGAAUACAAAGGGUAACUUAAAGAUAAAAAUCUAGCCUGGCAUUCAGCUCUCUGUCUAGUUGCCCACUGUGGCUGGAUAUAGCAACAAGACAGGUUGCAGAAAGGCAAAUCCAAGAAUCAGGACUGGGAUUCAAAAUAGGCCCUGGCGUGUCCAGUACACAGAGGCCCAAACAGCCCCCACCAGCCCAUUUAAUAGUGACUGUCUAUGGCAUCUUACAGCAGCCCCUCUGGCAUUUGCCAGAACCCACAGAUUGCCAGUCUGGGCCUGUCCUGGAUCUAUUAUAAAAAAUACUUGAGACCAGUAACCACCUGGGAAGGAAAAGAAAAUAAUUUGGCUACAUUUUAAAUUAAAUGCUAAAAAACAAUAUGGCUGUUGUGACAAAAAGGAAAUAAUGCUGGAAUAGUGGAUGGCAUGUAGAAGGAGGAAUUUCUACUAUGACCACUAAAAAAGGGAAUCUGUCACAAUAAAGUAUUUCUCAUUUAAACAAGAGGCCGGAGUUUUAUGGAUAACACUGUUUUGGAUCCCAUACCUGUACUUCAAAAACAGUAAUGUAUAAACCAGGAGCCACUUUUGCACAGGAUUCUAAAAGUAUUUUUGUCUGGUGAUCUGCACCCUUGUAACUGCCAUAGCAAAUAUAAAGACAUCUAUGUUGUGUACUUACCUGAGGAGGAACAGUCUUCUGCUUAGGGAUAAGUAACAGCCCAUGAUAUACAGUAGCCUUACAACAGGAGUAGGGGAAUAAUACUCUGUUCCAAAAUCCUUCCAUGUAAGAGCAACGUUCCUUUAGCCUCUGCACAGCGUGCAACCCGUUCCUCCAUAUUCCUGGUUUGCAUUGUUCAGUACAGCGGAUCUGUCAGACCCACUUGCAGGCUUGUUUACAUAAGCAUUCUGCCCAUUUGUGUUUCAUUUUUGAAGUAAAAUGCAAAAAAAUAAAUAAAA